UAUAUAUAUAUACUCCAGGAGAAUAACUCUCAACGUGAUAAACACACAAAACCCAACAAAGCUAAAACACAGCCAUGAAUGUAGAAGAAGAAGUUGAAAAACUCAAAGUAGAGAUCCAAAGACUCGGCAGUAAGCAAGACGAUGGCUCUUACAAGGUGACAUUCGGUGUGCUCUUCCACGAUGAUAGAUGUGCGAACAUAUUUGAAGCAUUGGUUGGGACAUUGAGAGCAGCGAAGAGGCGUAAAUUGCUGACAUAUGAUGGUGAAUUGCUUCUUCAAGGUGUUCAUGAUAAUGUUGAAAUUGUUCUCAAACCCACUCCCACUCCCACAGCAGCAGUAUAAUCGUUCGCUUCAAAUGUUUUUAUCACUGUUAUGUUCUUGUAUCAUUUAUCAUAAUUUGUGUUUGUAACUUUGUAUUGUAAUCUGUGCUUCAAAACUGAUCAAAUUCCAAUCUGUUAUCAUCUUGUUGUAUACUCACAACAACUUUUGAAAAUUUGUCAUUACAAUCAAGUUUUUUUUUAUCUUGUA